GAGUACCUGGACGCGCACAACUCGAUCCGCGCCCAGCACGGCGCAUCCGCGCUCACCUGGGACGAUACCCUCGAGGCCGCCGCGCAAAAGUGGGCGAACAACUGCGUGUUCAAGCACUCCGGAGGUACCCUCGGUCCGUUCGGCGAAAACCUGGCUGCGGGAACCGGAGACGGCUACACCAUCACCUCCGCCGUCAAGUCGUGGACGGACGAACCCAGCCACUUCACCCAAGUGGUCUGGAAGGCGUCCACCAAGGUCGGCUGCGCGCACGCGGACUGCAGCGGCAUCUUCUCUGCCAGUUUCGGAAAAGCCCACUUCCACGUCUGCGAAUACCAGGUGCAGGGCAACGUCAUCGGUCAAUUUGCGUGCGUCUCCCCCCCUCCUUCUCGCUUCUCCCAUACGCUCGGUGUACUGACGUAA